UAUAAAUCCUAUUGUAACAAAUAGGUUACAUAAUUUUAAUUUCUAUGUGUAAGAGGUUGAAAUAAUAAAGAUAAAAAGCUGUUUUGUUUAACUUACGUAAUGUCUGAUAUGAUAUCCCAUAGUAUUCGCGCCAAUAUUGCUGAGAGGUCGUCAGAAUUUGAAAAAUAAUGGUCUACCUAACGGAACAGGAGUUCGGUGUGUGGAAUGAUGAAGUAGUAAAGAAGUACACCUGGCGAACUGAUAGUGGUUUUAGUUUGUCAGCCAUAUCGUUUGGUGCUGUUGUUCAGAAUAUAUUUGUGCCAGAUAGAGAUGGGAACUUAAGUGACGUCGUACUUGGAUUCGAUGAUCUAGAUAGCUACGUGAAUAGAAAUACAGACAACUUCGGCUGCGUCGUUGGCAGGGUCGCGAAUAGGAUAGCAGAUGGUACCUUCCAGUUGGAUGGUAGGACUUAUAGCCUGGCGCGGAAUUGGAGAGGAAUUCAUCAUCUGCACGGAGGGACCACUGGAUUCGAUAAGGUUAAUUGGAACUCCGUUGUUAGUGGCAACAAAGUAAUUUUCAGCAGAGUAUCCAAAGAUGGCGAAGAAGGAUAUCCAGGGGAUCUCUUAAUUAAUAUAACUUACGAAGUAACUGAUGAAGAUACUUGGUGUAUUGAAUACAGAGGUGUCACCACAGAGAAGACCUUGGUCAAUCUGACUAACCAUUCCUAUUUCAAUUUAGCUGGCCACGAAACGGGUGCUCAAGAGUUGUAUAACCAUAUCAUCAAUAUAAAUGCUGAUAAAAUGUUAGAAACUCGAAAAGAUUGGAUACCAACUGGGAAGCUAAUUCCCAUAGCGGGAACGCCUCUAGACUUGUUUACACCGAAACGUCUCGGGGACUUCAUUGAGCUAUCCAAGAUAUUGUUCCAUCACAAUUUCUGUGUUGCGACUCAUAGUAAUAAGGAAAUCAAUUUCAUAUCUCGAGUAGUACAUCCAGCAUCCGGACGAUUCAUGGAGGUUUACAGCGACCAGCCCAGUAUUACCUUCUACACUGGAAACUUCUUACCAAGCGACGAUCUUCCUGCAAUUCCCGGCAAAUACGGUGUCAGCUACAGCCGCCACAGUGGCUUGUGUCUCGAAGCCCAAAAGUGUAUCGACGCUAUUCAUCACCCUAAUUUCCCAUCUAUUGUUCUGAAGCCAGGGGAGGUUUAUACACAGAAGACUGAGUAUAGAUUUGGUGUAAUCCGAAAUGGCAACGGGAACGGCAAUGGAGCUAAGAAUGUGGUUUGAUAAAAUAAAUCUUUUAGUUAUA